GCUUGAGCCGUUGAAUGAUCAAAUCCCUUUUUCAACCUUCUACCGCCCUAGUUGUAUUCCCACAAUUGUCAUUUGCUUUUGCUUUGCAUAUGAAUCAAAUUCCUGCUACUCUUCUCAGCGUUAAACAGUUUCGAUUCAUAAAUUUUGAGGAAAAGUAAGACAGUUGAAUUAUAAGGAUCAAAUUUGAAAUGCCAAAUUUGUAUGUACGAGCGGUGCCGCCGACGGAUCUGAAUCGAAACACGGAGUGGUUCACUUACCCCGGCGUAUGGAUUACCUACAUCCUAAUACUGUUCUUCUCGUGGCUGAUGGUGCUCUCUGUUUUCGGUUGUUCUUCCGGCAUGGCCUGGACCAUCGUCCACCUCUGCCAUUUCAUCGUUACAUAUCAGUUCUUUCACUGGAAGAAGGGAACACCAUUUGCGGAAGACCAGGGUGUCUACAAUAGGUUGACUUGGUGGGAACAAAUAGAAAAUGGCAAGCAGCUCACUCGCAAUAGGAAAUUCUUGACUGUGGUCCCUGUUGUGCUGUAUUUGAUAGCCUCACAUACAACAGACUAUCAACAUCCUAUGCUCUUCUUCAACACGUUAGCAGUUUUCAUUCUGGUUGUUGCCAAGUUCCCACAAAUGCAUAAAGUUCGUAUAUUUGGCAUCAAUGCCGAUCAAUGAUCUGAUAUCCAUUAGAUAUUCCAGUGCAGUUUUAGCGUCAUCUACAAUAUUUACAUCUUUAUGGUAUGCUGAAUAGUUUUCGCAUGAACCCUCCUUGUACAAGUUGAAUUUGAUAAUUAUGCAUAAGCAACAAAAAUUUUCUCAUUUCUGAUUGUAUACGAUAAAUGCAGAAACUUAUGUAGCUAUUUUUCUACAAACAUUAGAACUGGAUGUUUAUAUCUAUUUAGUUUA